AUGCAUUUCUUCCGUGCGACCCUUGCCCUCGGCGUCAUCAUCCCUGCCAGCGCUGAACCGCUGCCACUCUCAACGCGCCAGGAGUUGAAUACAACAUGUGCUCCCAUUCACUACAUUGUUGCUCGAGGCACGACUGAGGGCUACCCGGGCAGUCUCGGCUCCCUGGUUGAUAUCCUCCUCGCGAAGUUCCCGGACAGCAAUUACGAGGACGUCAUCUACCCGGCGACCCAGGAGACCAGCACCAACAGCUACUGGGAGGGCCUCGCCAACGCCACCCAGCAGAUCAAGACCUAUGCUGACACCUGCACCGACUCCAAGAUUGCCGUCUUGGGUUACUCGCAGGGUGCGCUGGUUGUUGGGGACCUUUUCGCCGGUGGAGGCAACAACUCUGAGCUUGGGAACGCGACAACACCUCCAUACAUCGACUUCGCGACUUACGGGCAGCGUGUGAAUGCCAUUUUGCUCUACGGUGACCCACGCCACAUGCCUAACCAGAGCUUCAACCAGGGCAAUGUAUCCGCCCUGGCCGCCCCCGGUAAAUAUCCUCGCUCUGAUGCGCAGCUGGCCGCCAUCAACCUGUACGCUGAAAAGCUGCAUGAUUACUGCAACUACGAGGACGGCGUCUGUGACACUCGAGGUGUCGGCAACCUCACUGCUCAUAUGGCUUACACUUCCGACUACAACACCGUUGCAUCUGAGUGGCUUGAGACCAUGUUGACCGCAUAA